AUGCCUUACGACGCAGCGGAGGCGCCUCCUCCUGAAGCAGUGAGGAGGCUCGUCAAUACGGCGCAUCUGAACCAGAAACGCAUCAUCAUUGGAGCAGACGCUAAUGCACAUCACAUUGUUUGGGGCAGUACAAACAACAACACACGAGCACAUUCAUCAUAUCCACAGACUGGGGAUUUUUUUCCUGCCCUUAAUGAGUUCUCAAGUCAUUCCGUGAUACGCCCCGAAAUUCUGCAUGGGCGACAUAAACGAGCCUUGCGAAGUACAUUGGAUGCGGAGGACGGCCAGCACGUACCGCACAUAACGCUCACGUAUCAGCAUGAAGGUCAACGCGUCCACGUUGACCUGCAUCGCAACGAUGAAUUGCUGCCAGCUGAGCAUUUUCUCCGCUAUCAAAAUUCGAAUUCGCCAACAGGGCGUGUCGUAAAAAAUUUCACAAAGACUGAAAUGGAAUUGUGCCAUUACCAGGGCACCAUACGCGGCAAACCGUAUUCAAAUGUUGCCAUAUCUACUUGUAGUGGCGGUGGUGGUGUGAACGGUAUAGUUUUCGAUGGCAACGGUACAUAUUUCAUACACUCCGGUAGAGAUGGACGCUUGCAGGAUGAACAUUUUUUAUUUCGGCAUUCCGAUUUGUUGAACAAAAAUGCAACCUGCGGUUAUAACAGUGCCACCGACGAUCACACACACAAUUUUGACGAAAAAGCUGAGAAUUUGCUCUCGCAGCUACCGCAAGUACCAGCGCAGCUUGAUGGUUCAGAGUUCAAUCGAAUUUUAAGGUAUAAAAGAUCGCAUCAUAAUAACGAUGUAAUACGUGGCCCCUACAAUGCCAACAAACAUUCGUCCUAUGUGGAACUGGUCAUUGUGGUCGACAAUAAAAUGUAUAAAUCGUUUGGAGAGAGUCAGAGAAAAGUUCAUCAGCACUGUAAGGAUUUGGCGAAUAUUAUUAAUGCGCUGUACGUUCCGUUGAACAUCUUCGUCGCACUGGUGGGCGUCGUCAUCUGGAACGAGUCCAACGAAAUUGAGUUUUCAAACGACGGUGAUCUAACUUUGCGCAACUUCCUCAACUAUCGCCGUACAAAACUGGUGCUGGAUCAUCCUAAUGACAAUGCACAACUGCUCACGAAAGAGCAAUUUAGUGGUGGUGUUGUUGGCAAAGCACUGAAGGGCCCCAUUUGCACUCACGAAUACUCUGGUGGCGUUUCCAAUGAACACAGCCAAAUUGUCGCCGUUGUGGCCACCACCAUGGCGCACGAAAUGGGCCACAACUUUGGCAUGGAGCACGAUUCGUCCGACUGCAAGUGCCAAGAUGAGAAAUGCAUAAUGUCCGCUUCGUCCACCUCUGUGGUGCCGGUGCAUUGGAGUAGUUGCAGCAUUGACCAAUUGAAUAUAGCCUUCUCGCGCGGCAUGAACUACUGUCUACGCAACAAACCCACCAAGCUGUUCGAGUCACCACAGUGCGGCAAUGGUUUCGUGGAGCCAGGCGAGCAAUGCGAUUGUGGGCUACCCAACUAUUGUGAGAAUACCUGCUGCGACCCACACACUUGCAUGCUGCACACGAACGCGUCAUGCGCCACCGGCGAAUGCUGUGAUUUGAGUACGUGUCGUCCCAAAGCGGCCGGGCAGGCGUGUCGGGUGGCAGAGAAUGAAUGUGAUUUGCCGGAAUACUGCACAGGCGAAUCGGAGUACUGUCCAUCGGACGUGUUCAAACGUGACACCGAAGAGUGCGACAGUGGGCAAGCGUAUUGCUUCCAAGGCAACUGUCGUUCGCACUCACAACAAUGUCGCAUCUUAUGGGGACCGACCGGCGAGAGUUCGGAGCACUGCUACGGGAAGAAUACAGAGGGUAAGCGGAUCGGCAACUGUGGCUACGAUCGCAUCAACAAUACGUUCAUACCGUGCGAAAAGGAGCAUGUGGCAUGCGGCAUGUUGCAUUGUCGACAUUUGAAUGAACGUCUGGAAUUCGGUAUGGAGUCGGCAGCGGUACUAUCGCAUUCGUUCAUUAAUCACGACGGUAAUAUAGUGCCUUGUCGCACGGCGCUGGUCGAUUUGGGACUGCAAAGCACAGAUCCAGGACUGUCACCGAACGGUGCCAAGUGUGGGGAUGGCAAAAUGUGUGUGGACCAAAAGUGCCUAACGAUAGAACGCGUACGUGCCACCGGAUUUGGCAAACAAUGCCCAGAUAAUUGCAAUGGCAAUGGUGUAUGCAAUAGUUUGGGCAAUUGUCAUUGCCACGUAGGCUAUACGGGCGCAACAUGUCGCCUGCCCGGACCGGGUGGCUCAAUCAACAGCGGACCAGCAACCUCACCUACUAGCCAUCAAUCUUUCCAGAACUUCAUGUAUAUCUUCUUCUUUGGCGUGAUACCAUUCAUGAUGCUCGUACUCUGGCUCACGUACUACAUACGCACGCGACGCUUCUUCCUGGGCGGCAAACUGGCCGAGAAUAUCAUCAAGGCUGCCAGCACGAAACAACCAUCUGUCCGUCCUGACCAUGGACCUCAUGGUGGUGGCGGUAACGGUGGCGGCGGCGGCGGCGCCAACAGCCUGCCAAAAUCGACACCCAGCAGUACUGACGAUAUGAAUUCUGCGCUACUUAAGUCCCCCAGUGACUCCAAUGACACCUCUGUCGGCAAUGGCAUGUUCGGCAAAUUCAAGGGUUUCACUCUCCGUCCGCUCAAUGACACCACAUCGCCGACCAACAACUUCAAUGGCCCCAAUGUCGCUUACGUACAACCCACAGUACAAGAUACGGUGGCCAUGAAUGGCGGUGUGCCACAGCGUUGCGCUCCACCGCCACCCCUAGUCAAAGGUAACUCCACGGAUGCAACGCAACCUAAUCGCUGGGCGCCACCACCACCAGUGGGUAUGGCAAAUGCACCCGCAUUACCACCACCUAAUCCCGGCUCGAAUGCACGCCCGAUCAUAUCGAUGCCGGUACUGGAGACCUCUACGCUAACGCUGCCACUUAAACAGUCAAGCGGUGAGAUGUCACCAACGCGUGCUGCCCCAUUACCGCCUAGCGGUAAUGCCAGCCAAUCUGGUUCUUUGCCACGUCCGGCGCCGCCACCACCUGUGCCGUUACAUGCAGAUCCAAAAUUGAAUGUGAAACGCGACGGCACUAUUCGACGCAUUGCCUCGUUCUUGAAAAAGGAGGAGAAGCCGCCCGCAAAGGAGAAAACCUAUAUUGAUCGCGAGAAGUUGAAGAAUAUCGAGAUAUCAGCACCAAUGCCAGUUGCGCCACAAGGCGAAUCAUCCAAUUCGGAUUCGGAGACCACACCCAAAGAGGAGGAGACAAAAAAUCUGGUGAAGCGCGCGCAAUCAAUGCGUUCACCAACCAAGAAACCAAAUGUGCAGACUUUCGGCUCAAUGCGCUAUGCGCCAGGUAGCGCACGUCCCAAGAGUGUGGCUGCUGCCGCGGCGGCAGCGCGCCCGAAGAGUCCGCCACCGCGCCCACCGCCGCUAAAGAAAACUAAUUCGACGACUUCUUCUGGCUAUGCACUGCCAGUGGCUACUGCCAAGUCGAGCAUGGAGAAUACCUAUGAUGAUUGUGAGUUUGUCGAGCAGCCGCUGACCACCGUAGGUGAGUUGAGUGAAGCUGACUCGCCUACUUCAACUGACAAUAUUUACUCAGUUAUAGACGAAAUACCGCCCGCGGCACAAACGCUUAAGCGUAGCGAUUUUGUUAACGAAAACAGCGACAUGGGGUUGCUGGGUGAGAUUGUGAACGAGAUCGAAAAACGUAAUGGCGACUCCAUUUACACCGCCUCAACGCUGGCGAAAAGCAAGCCGCUAAGCGCCGAGGAGGUAAAAAAUACAGCAAAAGAGUCGAAAACAAAACCAAAGCCCACAAUCGGCACCAAUGCCAACACGGACGCCAAUGCAUCAGCGGAAGCGGUGAAAGCGCCUGCGAGCGCAACGGCGGUUGCAGCAGCAGCACAAACGGUGCCUACCUACUUGCGCCCGACGCCAGUAAAUGCGCCAGUGGCACGCGUGGCGCCUACACGCGCUGAUCUCUCACCCACCAUAGCGUUCUCCAGCUUCAAGCCGUCAACCGCAACAACAACAACAACAGUUGGUGGUGGCGCUGCCGCAACUAGUAAAACUAAUGCCGCUGCGCCCACUCGGCUCGGCGGCAGCAAUAGCACAAGCACCAGCACAGCGACGGCGAGAAACAAAGUCUUCAAUAAAACGCCUACUUCUGCAAACUCAACAGCCGCAACACGUGCAGGCGCCACAACAACAAGUAGCAGUAAUAGCGCAGCACUGCCCUCGGCCACUAUCACAAAACCGAAACCGCUUUCCGCGAAGCCCUCGUUCAGCAGUCAAAAGAAAGUAACGCCUGCGCCUGGUGCAGGCGGCAGUACAGCGGCUAGCGCGCGCCUAGCAGCUACGGGUACGCCACGUACCGCGCCCACCGUCAAGUCAGGCAACAUAGCGUCGCUCACGCAACGUUUCGAAAAAGGUGCGACCACAAGUGCGCGAAAGUAAAAGCGCUUUGAGAACUCUUUUUUUGGCUGCUUAUAGUUUGGUGCGCUUGCUUUGCUUAGUAUUACGAAAUGAAUAGGAAUGCGCGCGCACUCAUAGCCAUUAAUGCUGUUAUACAUGUGUGUGUGUGUGUGUGUGUGAGCUUAGAUGGUUGACAUGAGGCAAACUGCUCAGCGGACAAAAAGGCAUACGACCCUGCGAAGGGUAUUUGAAAAUGCAGGAUCUUCAACAGAAAAGUCACAAGGCGCGCGGUCCAAACGUAUAAACCUGGUUCGCCCGCACUAUAACUAAUGCGAUAUUGUAAAUUGUAUUGUAAUGAAAUUCAGACGUAGAUAAGAGGAGAUAAAUUUAGCAUUAAAAUUGGCAGAAAAAAUUUAUAAAAAAAAUUUUGACGAAAGAAAACUAAUUCAAUUCAAAAGUGAUAUUCAUUCCUUGGCAUAUUGUAACGUCGAACGAAAUCGUUGUAGUUGUAUAUAAAUUAUACGAAUAGAGUGCGCCUAAAGCGAUCUGUAGUUUUAUUUUUUUAAUUAAUUUAUGUAAAGUGAAACAUUUUUUGACACUCAGCUUGUGCGUCGCAGCUUUAUGAUAGACGUAAUUUUAAGUUUUGUAAAUUUAUUUUAAAUUAUAAGUGAAAAUUUUCCAUGUUAUUUUGUAAAAUUUGAGUAGUUCAUUUUCAUUUCACGUAUCUCAAAAUGUGUAGCGUAAGAACUUAGUGAUAAAAAUUUUAUUUAUGUAAUGGUGCAUUUCACUUAGCAGUUACUGUUCUACAGACAUUACAGGCAAGAGAAAGCACGACAGAAAUAUUUUAUAAUUUUUUGUAGCACCUUUGUGAGUCUUUUCAUAAAAAACGGUAAACCGUAGUUUUUCUGAAGAUAAAUAAAAUAAGUUUCAAAUUUAAAAACGCUGAGCUUUCAGGCACAAAAUCAAUGCUAAAUAUUUCGACAAAAAGAAUUUACUGACAAUAAAAAUGUAUACAAUUUUUCAGACUUCGAAUUUGAAUGGCGAAUUCCUCAAUGCAUUUCACAGCUCAAUUAAGUUUUCAUUCAAGGCGCAUUCGUUAAAGGUGAUUGGCACUGGACCAACAACAAUGUUCUGUACGUGUGAUCGUCAAAGAAAAGUGUUGGCAAAGUACAAUAGAAAGAAUGAAUUCGCCUUGUUUCAUUCUGGGCUGACAGCCAAAUGAACACGGCGAAAGAAUAAAAAAAUCAGCUGAUUUACCGAUACGGCCUUGCUUUCGUUUCAGUUAUUUUGACAGUUUUUCCUUAGCUUCUAAGAAAUUGCACAAACAGGUACUUCCAAGGCUAGUCUAUUAAAGGAGGCGUUGGUAAAUCAGCAAGGCUCAUUCAUUAAAGGUGGUGGUACUAGACCAACAACAAUGUUCUGUACAUUUGAUUGCCAAAGCAAAGUAUUGAAAAACUAGAAAAUAAAAAAUGAAUUCGCCUUGUUUCAUUCGGAGCUGACAGUCACAUGGACACGGCGAAGGAGAAAAAAAGCAACUCAGCUGAUUUACCAACACCACCUUUAAUAGAUUCGCCUUGGUAAAUCAGCUGAUUUGUUUGUUUUCUUUCUCUUUCGCCGUGUCCAUGUGUGUGUCAGCUCAAAAUAAAGCAAGGCGAAUUCAUUAUUUGUUUUCUAGUUUCCCAAUACUUUGCUUUGACAAUUAAACGUACAGAACAUUGUUGUUGGUCUAGUGCUAGCACUUUUAAUAAAUGUGCCUUGGUAUUGCAAUUUUGGGAUUCAAAGGAAAAAAAUAUCAACAAACAAAAACAAGAAAAAGCUACAAAAAACUGCAAACAAGUUUUUCUAAAAAUGAAAUUUUACACACCUUGCAUGUGCCCAUUUUCUAAAAUGCAACAAAAAAUGACAAUACUUUCUACAAGGUGGCGCAAAAUUAAUCAUCUAAUUUAGAUUUUGAAGCACUUUUGCUAAAUAAAAAAAAAAAUUUAAGUGAUGAAAAUGUUUAUUUUGAUCUUUACGCGAUCCAUUGCUUGUUGUUGUUCUUGUAGCAGCAACAACAUUCCCCAUACAUGUAUGGAGAGUGCUGCUGGAGUGACAGUCCUGGGCCGAAUCUGUAGUAAAUCCAGGUCGUUUCGGUAACGUAGAACCGACUGUCUUGCACACCACUUUUUGUAUGCGGCUGUCCAAUUCACAAGUGCAAAAAUUGUAAAUCUUCCAAUAGGGUGAUUGAUUUUGCGCCACAUUAUAUGAGCACCGUUGGGCACUUGGGUUUAGCCAGACUGACUUUUUCGACUUUGGAUCUGAAUUUAACAUAUUUCUAUUAUAGCUACUGACUUGAACUUCCAGUUAGCUUCCUAAAAUUCAAUUUUCUAACGGUUUAUCGAUAUAACCUCUUAAAAAGGAUACUCGAAAAAGACGAAAAAAGUUCAGACCCGGCCCAACUGUAGAUUUUAAAACAGGUGUCCAACGGAGGGUUAAAAAAGAAGAAACUUAAAUUCGAAAACACUGUAAGCAUCCGUAGAAGUAAAUUAAGGAAUACUAAAAAAAUUCUGUAUUGUCACUUCCAGACUAAAAUCUAAUUUUUUCCCAAAGAAUUUGACUUAAGAGCAAUUUUGUUCUUCUAAAUGUUAAUGGUAAAUUCUCAAAACGCGCGUAAGUUUUCCACUUCUUAAAAUUUGUUUUAUAUUUUAGUUGCU